AUGUUGUCUUCGGCGAGGCUCUACAUCGCGGCAGCGCCCUUGACUGGGGCGCCCCUGACAUCAGUGGAGGACCAGUUUGAAAAAGAGCUGCGGCGGCGGGGCCUGGACCCCACCUCCUCUGUCAGCGAGGAGAGCUUGAGCUCCGCAGCCCAGGCUCAGCGGCGCUCGGCCUUUGAGCAGCAGCAGCAGCGGCGCACGGCGCCGCGCCCUCCGCCCUCCUUCCGAGGCGAGCCGGAGGAGGACGAGGUGCCGCCGCAGCUGGCCAAGUCACGGGCGCUGAACGCGGAGGGCCUGGAGGGCUUGAUCCCGCGCGCCACCGAGCUGCUCAAGCUGGGUGUCACAUUCUUCCUGGCUUUCCUCCCCUUCAUCGCCGUCGUCUCCCUCGCCUUUGGCGCCAUCUACUUUGUGAUGGGCGAGUCGUUUGUGCACGGCGGCGCGCCCACGGGGCCGCCGCCAUACUACGAUCCAGAUGUGCUGCUGGCGGAGCCCACAGCGGACCCCAUGGUGCCCCUGGACCUCCGCUGA